UGUGCUCACGGGAGCUUGGAAGACCCCAAGAGCCUCAGCCAUCACAAGCUGGUGCACGCUGCUUCUGAGAGGGUGCUGAACGACCCCAAGACCCUCCUGGAGGAGAACGUCCAGGACCAAGACGUCCUGCUGCUGAUCAGGAAGCGGCACCCGGCCCCACUGCCGAAGAUGGCCGACGUCUCUGCAGAGGAGAAGAAAAAACAAGACCAGAAAGCUCCAGAUAGAGAUGCUAUCCUCAAAGCGACCGCCGGCCUGCCCUCCUACAGCACGGACCGGGCCGUGGCCCAGACCAGCAUGAGAGACUUCCAGACAGAGCUCCGGAAGAUCCUGGUGUCCCUGAUUGAGGUGGCUCAGAAGCUGCUGGCGCUGAACCCCGAUGCAGUGGAACUGUUUAAGAAGGCAAACGCAAUGCUGGAUGAAGACGACGAGCGGGUGGACGAGGCGGCUCUGCGGCAGCUCACGGAGAUGGGCUUCCCCGAGACCAGGGCGGCCAAGGCCCUGCGGCUGAGCCAGUACCACUCCCAGGCCCCGCUGCGCCGGGGGCCACCUCCGAGGCUGCCGCUGCCGGGACCAGCUCCGGAGACGAGCCCCGAGACGAGCUGACGGAAAUCUUCAAGAAGAUUCGGAGGAAACGGGAGUUCCGGGCCGAUGCUCGGGCUGUGGUUUCUCUCAUGGAGAUGGGGUUCGACGAGAAGGACGUGAUGGACGCUCUCCGCGUGAACAACAACCAGCAGAACGCCGCCUGCGAGUGGCUGCUGGGGGACCGGAAACCCUCCCCUGAAGAGCUGGACAAGGGCAUCGACCCCGACAGCCCCCUCUUUCAAGCCAUCCUGGACAACCCAGUGGUGCAGCUGGGUCUUACCAACCCUAAGACGUUGCUAGGUGGGUGCACGCAGGACGUCCAGUACGUCGUAACGAAGGACGGUCAGACUGCAGCUGUGUGUCCCAGAGUGUCCCGUCCGGUGCUUCUCCCUGCGUCACGGUUCCUCUUCCCUCAAAGGCCGUGCUUUCCACUUCCCGUGGAGCUCUGCCACGUGAGUGCUGUCAGCUGCCUGGCAUUCGAAGACAUGCUGGAGAACCCGCUGGGCAGCACCCAGUGGAUGAACGACCCGGAGACGGGGCCCGUCAUGCUGCAGAUCUCGAGAAUCUUCCAGACCUGGGACCACCAAGGAGCAGUGGCCCGUCCGGGCUCCCCAGGGCCCCUGGAGGCAGAUGCAGAAGAGCCCCGCUGCCCGGGCUCGAGUGUGGGGAUGCCCACGUCCCUCCUGCACAGAAGCGUGCGGGUGCUUGAGCCCCAGCAGUCCCCAGUGCUGCUCCGGCGGCGCCCCGGGAAGCACUGGAGAUUCAGUGUCACCGUGCUUGUCCAUCCCCUGGUCAAACCCAGCGAACCAUGUCCUCGCCCUCUGUACUCGCCCGCGCCCUGCCUGCAGCUGUCUCUGGAACACAGCACCGUGGACAUCCGGUCCCCGUCCUGCCGUGCCAUAAGGCCUGCCUGUCGGUACACUGGGGUAUUGCCGAUCCAGCAGUCCGCUCUGGUGGCCACCUACCCCUCCUGGGUCUGCGGGUGCUUUGAGGCCGGCUUUAAGAGGCUGACCUCAGAACCCCUUCUGGGGCCCGAGGACGAGUUCUGA